AUGCUCGAGAAGAGAGCUCUCGGUUUCUCGACAUGGUCAACUCCGCCAACGGCCAAUCUUACAGGAUCUCAAAGUCGUAGGACAUUCGAAUACAAGAAGAGAGUCGAGGAGACUCAGCGCUGGUUCGAGAUCAUCAACAUCGUAACUUCUGCCAACGAAGAAAUCAGGGUCAGAUAUUUGCCUGAUCUUUCCCUCUGCAGCAAUCGAUUCCCAGUCAUGGGCUUCGAGUUCCUGGAAUUCGGAUAA